AGGCGGAUGGAAGUUUACCGUUUAAAUGGAGAGGAAAGCGUCUGCCGGUGGAAAGAGGCCAUGUGUUUAAAAGAGGCGUUCUCGGCGAACAAGCCGUCAGAUCAGAGCGGGUCAUCCAGCUGAUGCCCCGACUAAUCGCCCGGUUUAAAUGACGUGAAAACUCCGCCCACUCGGCUCGCCGCCGGGUCGCCCUGGCGAUAGAUGGGCCAGACCCAGUAAGAGCAUUGCUGGCGCAAAGGCUUCAACACAAACAUCUACCGGUUUCUUUCUGAGCUUCACUUUUUGUCACCAUUCAGCGAAUGGACUUAACUAAAACUAGGACUAUCGUCUUUUAAGUACUCUACUAACAGCUCUUUUAGGUUUAAAGCUGCUUUAGAAACUGCAUCUAAUUAAACUAGUUAGCACUGUUAGCAUAGCUGGUGAACUUUCACCAUCAAUGCUGUGAUUAAGGUUCAACUUUAACCAACUCGAACAAGCUAGCCUGACAGGUUAAACUAACAGCGUAGCUAAAUACAAGGACGCAUACGGAUCUGAUUAUAUAUAGAUAUAAAAUACGAAUUUCAGUCUUACUAGCUUUCUAAGCUUUGAGUUAGCUAGCAGAAUAAUUCUGUUUGAAAGCCAGUCUGCCUUCUUUGUGUUCGAGGUCAUUCUGUCGCUACCUUCUAAGCUAGCUGGUCUUGGGACACUGGUCAUGAAGAGCCUCCCGUUUUUCUGCCGAGGAGAGGUCAUUCGAGGUUUUGGGAGAGGGAGCAAGGAACUUGGAAUUCCCACAGCCAACUUCCCAGACUCAGUUGUGGACAAUCUUCCUCCAGACAUCAGGACAGGGAUUUAUUAUGGAUGGGCAUGUGUCGGUAAUGGCGAAGUAUGCAAAAUGGUGAUGAGCAUUGGCUGGAACCCUUACUACAAAAAUACCAAGAAAUCUAUGGAAACACAUGUGAUUCACAAAUUCAAAGAAGAUUUUUAUGGAGAAAUUCUCCGUGUUGUUAUGGUGGGCUACAUCCGUUCAGAGACAACCUUCGACUCUCUUGAGGCUCUCAUUGUUGCAAUCAAUAAUGACAUUGAGGAGGCCAAGGUGAAGCUGGAGCUCCCAGAACAUCGCAAACUGAAAGAUGACAACUUUUUCACCAGUACAGCCAGCUCCUUUUCAGACUCAGCCACCACCACUGCAUCCACAUCACAGACUAUUAUUAAUGGUCACUGACAGCUGGCUUUGACAACAACGCGUAGCAUCUGCAUUCACAUAGACCAACCAGAUGAACAGAGAAUUCUAUAACUCACACACACACACACACACGAGCUGCUCAUAACUACAGUCCUAUUCUGAAAUCUGUCAGCUGAUGCCAUGGCUGCACAGGCACAUGAUCAUAAACA